GCGGGUUCGGCAGCAACGGCCGGCUCGGGAACCGCCGGGCCAGGGGGACCUCGGCGCCCCGGGAGAGCCAGGUGAGCCGCUGCCGGAAGCCGUCCUGGAGCCGGGGCUGCAGCCUGGAGCUCGGGAGGCGUCAGGAAUGAUGCAAACGGACUGGGGCAGCCUGGGUUUCGGCCACAGAUACAGGCCAAAUUCCUUCCUAUACGAUGUGAAACGAAACGUGUACAAUGAGGAGAACUUUCAGCAGGAGCACAGGCGGAGGGCCGUUUCCUCGGGGAACGUGGACAUCGACAUCACCACCUUCAGACACCACGUGCAGUGCCGCUGCUCAUGGCACAAGUUCCUGAAGUGCAUGCUGACGAUCUUUCCCUUCCUAGAAUGGAUCUGUCUGUAUCGGUUCAAGGACUGGCUUCUCGGAGACUUACUUGCUGGUAUAAGUGUUGGUCUUGUUCAAGUGCCCCAAGGCCUGACUCUGAGUUUACUGACAAGGCAACUUAUUCCCCCUCUCAAUAUCACUUAUGCCUCCUUCUGCACCUCAGUCAUUUAUGUAAUUUUCGGAUCAUGUCAUCAAAUGUCCAUUGGCCCCUUCUUCCUGGUGAGCGCUCUGCUGAUCGACGUCCUGAAGGAGAGCCCGUUCAACAGCGGCCACCUGAUCAUGGGGACCUUCGUCAAGGAUGACUUUUCCCUCCCCGCCUACUUCAUCAACUACAACAAGUCCCUGAGCGUCGUGGCGACCACAACCUUCCUGACCGGGAUCAUUCAGCUGUCGAUGGGCAUGGUCGGGGUGGGCUUCAUGGCCACGUACCUUCCAGACGCCGUGGUCAACGCCUUCCUGGCUGCGGUGGCGCUGCACAUCAUCCUGGCCCAGAUAACCUGCAUCUUUGGGAUUAUGAUCAGUUUCCACGCCGGGCCCAUCUCCUUCUUCUACAACAUCAUUAACUACUGCAUGGCUCUCCCCAGAGCGAACUCGACCAGCAUCCUGCUCUUUCUGACUGCUGUCGUAGCUCUGAGGAUCAACAAGUGUAUCCGGAUCUCCUUCAAUCAGUAUCCCAUCGAGUUUCCCAUGGAAUUGUUACUGAUUCUUGGCUUCUCUAUAAUUGCAAACAAGAUAAACAUGGCCACAGAGACCAGCCAGACUCUGAUUGACAUGAUUCCUUACAGCUUCCUGUUUCCUCAAAUGCCAGAUUUAAGCUUUCUUUCCCGUAUCCUUUUACAAGCCAUGUCCUUGGCCUUGGUGAGCUCCUUCCUGCUCAUAUUCCUGGGGAGAAAGAUCUCCAGUCUCCACAACUAUUCAGUCAACUCCAACCAGGACUUGAUCGCCAUGGGCCUUUGCAACGUGAUCAGCUCGUUCUUCAGGUCCUGCGUGCUCACUGGCGCCGUGGCCAGGACCAUCAUCCAGGACAAGUCUGGAGGGAGACAGCAGUUUGCAUCUCUGGUAGGCGCAGGUGUGAUGCUGCUCCUGAUGGUGAAAACGGGACGCUUCUUCUACAAGCUGCCCAACGCUGUGCUGGCCGGGAUUGUCCUCAGCAACGUCCUGCCCUACCUGGAGACCAUUUACAACCUCCCCAGUCUGUGGAGGCAGGACCAGUAUGACUGUGUUGUGUGGCUGGUGACGUUCAGCUCUGCGAUUUUCCUGGGACUAGACAUGGGACUGCUGAUUUCGUUAGUUUUCGCUUUCUUCAUCAUCACCGUUCGGUCACACAGAACGAAAAUCCUCCUCCUGGGCCAGAUCCCCAACACCAACAUCUAUAGAAGCAGCAGCGACUAUCGGGAGCAGGUGCUGCAUUUCCCUGGGGUGAAAAUCUUCCAGUGCUGCAACUCGGUCACCUUCGUCAACGUGUACCAGCUGAGGCACAAGCUGCUGAAGGAGACCAACAUGGUGAGGGUGCCUCUGACCGAAGAAGAAGUGUUCCAGCUGUUUAACGACAGUGAGACCACCCUGCAGGACAACAACAUCUGUAGGUGCUUCUGUGACUGUGAUGAGAUGGAGCUCCCGCCCAGGAUUAUGUACGUAGAACGGUUCGAAAAUAAAGAGGAUUAUGACGCCUCGUCCAUCAACCUGAUCCGCUGCUCCUUUUUGGGCAGUAGGGACGCAAGCCAAAACACCUCUGAAGAGCAGGUGCCAUACACAGUGGCUUCGCCAUCCCAGAGGAACCAAGGGCAGAGCUUCCAGGGCAGUGGCUGGAUUUCCAGCCACCCCGUGAGAAACAGUGAGGUGUCACUGGAAGGUGCAGAAAACGCGGGGCAGGGCAGAGCCGCCACCAGGCCGUACUCAGACACCUCGCUCCCGGCCAGCAUCCACACCGUCAUCCUGGACUUCUCCAUGGUCCACUACGUGGACUCCAGGGCUCUGGUUGUGUUAAGGCAGAUGUGCAAUGCUUUCCAAAACGCCAACAUUGUGGUGCUCAUUGCUGGGUGUCACCCGUCUGUGGUCAGGGCAUUUGAGAAGAAUGAUUUCUUUGACCAUGGCAUCACCAAAGCCCAGCUCUUCCUGAGUCUGCACGACGCUGUGCUGUCCGCCUUGGCGAAGAAGUUGCCAGAGCCCUCUGAGUUAAGCGUGGACGAAUCUGAGACUGUGAUACAGGAUACCUACUCAGAAUCAGACAAGAAUGGUAAGAUGGGUGGUGACCUAAUGAAAAAUACCCAGAAUGCAAGUCCAGGCUUCAUCAAGGCGGAAGAGUCAGAGCUUCGCCUAGACAUGGACCCCAUGCUGGUGUCAGAAGAGGACAAUGAGCUGGACCUGGACUUCAACUUGGACCUGGACCUAGACCGGGACCUGGGCCUCAACCGGUUGACGGACAGUGAGUUAGUGCUGGGCCUGGACUCUGAGCUGGACCCCGAGACCAAUAGCCAGUUUGCAGCAGAGCCAAAGCCCAGGCCAGAACUGGAGAUGGAGCCCGAGCUCACGAUCCACGUGGACCAGAAGCCAGAGAGCCGGCCCAAGAGCAGAUCGAGGCUGUGGAGUCAGGGUCCCAGCCAGCAGCCGUCCCUGCCUGGGUACCUUUCCGGGCCUUCCAGCUCGCAGGCUCAGGUCCCACAGACUCUGUCAAUGGAGAGGAGACGGCCACCACGUUUGGAUUUGCACCCCUCUCAGGGACAACAAUGAGAGCUCUUAGAAAGCAAGCUGUCAAUAGAGGCAGAUGACCUUGGCAAAUCCUGGCUGUGGGAAAGGCACCUUUUGUGUGGUUGUGCUACUUAAGACUGGGUUCAAGCCAGCAGCCCUAGCUUAGUGAUUCCUGCCCCGUCUGCCUUCCUCCCCACUGGAAGCGGGCAUCUCUCUCCCAGGCCGUGUUACUCAAUGCGAACAGUUGCUGAGUUCCCUCCCCAGGAUCCUCUCCUCUCACUUCCCCAGAUGUCCACCAAGGACUUCCUCCCUCAGACCCCACGUCCUGGGGUUUCAUUUCCUUUCUCCAGAGAGAUGAGGCUCAAAUAAAAUAUGUAACUCUACUCACAUUUGGAUCUUUCCUACACCACCUCUCUUCCCUGUAUCUCAUUAUUUCUGUGGAGGGCUGGAGAGAUGGCUUAGCAGUUAAGGUGCUUGCCUGCAAAGCCAAAGCACCCAGGUUCAAUUCCCCAGGACCCAUGUAAGCCAGAUGCACAA